AUGGAGGGCCAACCUCCCUCUCCCGCUCAACACCAUGGUCCUCCUAGCGUAGUAGGUCAAGAAGGGAUGCCCCCACCAGCGCAACGACCCCGCGGCCCAAAGCUCAAGUUCACGCCCGAGGACGACCAGCUACUCGUCGACCUCAAAGAGAAGAAAAACCUCACCUGGAAGCAAAUCGCCGACUUCUUCCCUGGCCGCAGUUCUGGCACACUCCAAGUGCGGUAUUGCACGAAGCUCAAAGCAAAGACCACAGUCUGGACGGAUGAUAUGGUGGUAAAGCUUCGCAACGCCAUGCAGGAGUACGAGAACGACCGAUGGCGCAUCAUUUCCUCGAAGGUUGGCAGUGGCUUCUCGCCCGCCGCGUGCAAGGACAAGGCCGAGGCACUUGAGGCUGUGGAGUUGGCUGCGCAGGAAGAGGAGGAGGAAGAAUCACAACAUCGACAACAUCAACACCAGGGUGCCUACUCCUCGUCUCAGAUGGCAGCUGGUCCCAGCGAUCCCGGCGCAAGUUACCAAUGA